AUGAACUCCCUGUAUGAGCUGGACUCCAAGUGGAGAAAGCUGCUGAAUCUAGAUAAUUUCUUGGGUGGUUUAACGGUUCAUGAGUUUGUUCAUGAAAUCAGUAAUGAGAACUCGUUAAAGGACAGAGCAGCUCAUACCGGGACAUGGGAACAUUUGGAUCCCAAGCCCUAUAUUCGUACAUUUGAGUCUACCGUGAAAGAGCUGCAGAAACUCAGCACAGAUGUCGAGAGCAGAAAGAGCCAGUUGGAACAAGGUGUGGCCAAAUACGAAUUACUACAUGCUCAGCGAGUGCUACAGCUUAGGGAUAAUUUGGAGACCAUCGUCAAAGACAGCAGCGUUUUGGACACUAAGCUCACAAGCGUUGCUCAAGUAGUCUCGCCGUUGGGUGAGAAACUCGAGAGAGCUAUAAAGCGGAAAAACAUGUAUGUCAAGUCCGUCGAGCUAAUUUCCUACUACUCGACUUUCCACACCAACGGUAUUUCCCAGGAACUAGAGACCCUGAGAACGUCCAAAAACUGGAAAUCGAGGGCAAGAGCUUCUAUUCUGGUGAAAAACCUACUAAUCCUUACCAGAAAAAUCGAGACGAAAUCCGUGCCCAAGACGAUCGAAACUUCCGCUGUUAUUGAGAGUUAUGCUGAAAAAAUGGAAAAGGAAUUCCUUGCUGAAUUCAACACUGCAUAUCGCGAAAACAGCUUUGAUCAAUUGACCGAAAUAGCCAUCAUACUGAACCGCUACAAUAAUGGUCUGAAUGUCAUCCAGAGCUUCAUCAACCAGCACGAAUACUUCAUAAGCGUUGACCAAGAGGAUUUUUUAUUCGACGAGACUUUUAAAAAGAACAUCUCCAACAGCGACUUCCAUGCGCUCUGCUACGAGGCGAAAAUGGUACACAAAUUGGAUGAAAUUGAAACCUUAAUCAAAAACGAAUCCAAAGUUGUAAAACAGGUCUUUGAAAGCAGGUGCGCAUAUGUGCUGCAAUUGUUUAUCCAGAAAAUAUUUCUACAAAAAAUCGAGCCUCGUGUUGAAUCGCUGCUAAAUGCCGCUCUAUCGCUUUCUGGAUUAGCUUAUGUGAGAGUGUUGUAUGCACUAUUUUCUCUCCUUGGCCAAUUUGUCAAGGAUCUCUCUGAGUUUUUCCAGUUUGCCGAUAUCGACACCACCGGGGACUUAGCCUCCGCGCUGGAGCGUUCAUUCGCGGAUCUAUUCUCUAAAACAAUUUACGACAGAGCUAAGUACUUCGAUCUCGAGAAAAGAAGUUUGGAAAUUGCAUUGGCGCAAAAGACCUCCAAGUUUUGUUUGGAGCAUGAUAAAGAAAUAUUCGCGAGAGCACUUAAUACCAAGCUUAUGAGCGGCUCCUCGUUUGCAAACGAUCUUGAAUUUCAAGAGUCCAGCGCCGCUUCCAGUGGUAAACUAUCUCAGAUCAAUAACUUUCUGAAAAGUCACCUUGAGCGCGAAAAAAGAAAACUUCACGGUACCGAUGUCCUUUCCAACACCAGGAACGCUUCAGGGAGGGCGGGAAGUCCGAAUACGUCUCAAGCCGAAUCAGAAUUCUCGUUGCAAUGCAUUGAUGGCAUGCUGAAGUGUGCCAUUGAGUCAGUCGCGCGAAUCAUGGAACUGGUUCCAAGCAAAGCCAAUGAAUACACCUAUGAAAUAGUGGAAAUCGUAUUAAUGGGCACGGUAAGCAGUUAUGUCGAAUGCGGGUUAGAAGUGUCGUAUUCACAGAUGACAGAGCAGGAUUUGUCAAAAAGCCCAGAACUUGACAUGUCGUAUCUCAACUACAUUACAAAAGCCUCGGAGAUGCUGAGUCUCAUAUCUGCUUCGAUAAAAACUGUGGUCUUGCCGCUGUUUGUUAACACGCCGGAAAUAAAGAAAGCGGUAAUAACGAUAACAAAUCAUUACAUCAAGAGGUGUGAGCUGUUCAUGAACGUUAUCAUAGAUGAAACUGUACUGGCAUUUACGCAAAGAUUUCUUGUGUCGCUGUCGAAACAGAAGAAAAAAGACUUUUUGCCUAAAACUCAGGAUAUACUGGAUCACGACACUCUUCCUGCCUCCGAGAUAGUGAAGGACCUCAAUUCGUUGUACUCUCAGGUACGUUUGUAUCUGAAAAACGAAAACUUGCAAUCUUUCCUGCAACAAAUUGGAAGCACACUGUCCCGUCUUCUCUUUGAACAUUACAAAAAAUUUCAAGUAAGUUCUGUGGGAGGGAUUAUAGUCACCAAGGACAUCAUCGGUAUUCAAACCGCAAUAGAAGAGUGGUCUGUUGAUGGUCUGGUAGACGACUUCGCAACCCUGAGGGAAUUGGCUAAUUUGUUUACGGUGCAGCCAGAGGAGUUAACCUCUUUAACUGAAGAGGGCCAUCUAGCUUUAGUUGAUCAGAGAAUCAUCGCUGCCUAUCUUGCAAAGCGGGAUGAUUUCAAUCAAAACAGCUUCGUGAGCAAAUUUGGGCUAUCCUAA